AUGCCACCUCGACCUCGGGUCCCCCAUCUCCCCCCUCUUCCCCCUCCCUCGACCUGGUCUACCCACUUCCCACGUCGCCUCCUUGGCCUCUCCCGCUCCGAACCCGCCAAGGUCCUCCGCGGUCGCACUCUCCUCGCCAGCAAAGACCACUGCGAUGCCUUUGUCCGCGAGCUAGGGAUCCGGCCUGGCGAAGUCAUCAUCGAGGUCAAUCCGGGACCUGGGCAGUUGACGCGGAGUCUCCUCGAUGGUGGUGUGAGGGAGAAUGAGGAGGGCGCAUGGAAGGCAUUGGAUGAGAUAAGAGGGGUGAAGCAUAAGGAAACCACUUCGGGAGGUACAGGGUCUGCCGAGUCAUCGGAGACCGUACCAACAGCUGGGAACGACCAUAUCAAACCUGCCCUGGUCGCCGUCUCUGAACCCUCCCCGGCCAUCCUCGAACGCGGCUUCGGCUUCGAAACCUCCAACUCCAACUCCUAUCUGGAACCCAGCGAGCGCGAGCCCGGGCAUUCCAUCCUCCCAACUCCCAACAAAUACACGUUCUUCCAGAUUGACCACGUAUCGUGGCCGAUGAACGUCACCCAGUCUGAACAUCAUCCCAAUCUCAUCCUAUCCGAAUCGUCCGCAUAUCGGUGGCCGACCUUGCCGGAGAUACUAUCCGAUCCACUCGUCCUUCCAUACGUGGAAAAGAUGACUCCAGAUGCCCAAAAAGCCGGGCAGGCGGGGAGGCGGAAGUGGGACGCGGAGGAGCCGCCCAUCACGGUGGUGGUGACGAUACCGGACUCGGUGAUCGGGGAGCAGAUGUUGGCGCAGUGGAUCGGGAGCGUCGUAGGGGCCACGGACGGCCGGCACUGGAUAUGGCAGUAUGGUCGAGUGAGGCUGGCGGUGCUUUGCGGGAAAGGGCUAUACGAUCGCAUCAUGGCCCGGCCCCGCGAAACCAUCAACUGCAAGCUCUCCAUUAUGACCUCCUCCCUCUUCCAUCGCCGCCCUCUCCCACCCUACCACCACGUCCCGAACGUCGACAAAUCCUCGAAGCGGGUUGCCGGAUCGCCCAUCACCUCUGGCCGCCUCAGAUCCUCGCCUGCUGUGCAAGCCCUCAUCGAUCCAUCCGAAGGCAACUGGACACAAGACCCGACCAUCACCUACCCCACCGACUUCUUCCCACCUUCAAUUCCCGCCAACAGUCGCGAUCCCCUCCCCCGCCCUACCCUACUAGGCAUCUGCCUCACUCCCCGCCUCACCUCCCCCGUCCUCCCGCACCAGAAGGACGCAUGGGACUUUGUCCUUCGGAACUGCUUCAUUCGGGAAACCCAACCCAUCUCCGAAGCGACGACGAAUCUCGGCUUCGGCGCUGAGAAUCUGCUGGAGAGAUUUGAGGAUGAGAAGGAGGGGUAUAGGGAAAGGUGGAGAGGAGAGCCGGUGGGCGGAAAGACGAAGGUCAAGGAUCUGAGUAAUGAGCAGUGGGCGAGAGUGGUGGAUGUAUUUGAUAAAUGGGCGUUCAAGCCAGAGACGCUCAUGCUUGCGACGGAUGCGAUAGAUGGGAGUAGGGAGCUGGGGGUGGACUAG